AUGGAGCAAAUGCUGAUUGCUGCACCUGGGAACGGGUCAAGUGUAGUAAUAUUACUGGGAGAAUUGUUGAACUCCACCUUAGUAAUUUGCCAGAGAAUACGUAUGAGGAUUGGACCGAUUGGCUGCAGGAAUUGGGCUAAGUUGCAAAAUCUCAAGUCCUUAAACCUCGACGAUAACAACUUCAACAAUAGUAUAAUUCCAUGUAUAACUGCAAUUACUGAACUUAAAAGGCUGUCUCUCUCUAAUUCCAGGUAUUUAGAGGGAUCGUUUCCUAUAGAAGAUUUCAAGCGUCUGGAAAAAUUGGAGUUUCUUGACUUGAGCUAUAAUCAAUUUUCUGGUUCCUUGUCCUUUAAAGAAUUGAAGCUGGAGAACUUGAAGGUACUCAAUCUUGGAGAUACAAAUUUUAACAAACUCUCAGACAACAUUGAGGCUUUAACUUCUCUCAAAGCCUUAUCUUUGAACGGUAUUGGUAUUAAUGAUUCCUCCGUCCUUCAAGGAAUUUGCAGUUUGAAGAAUCUCGAUGAACUUCACCUGAGUGACAAUAAUUUUUACGGGCCUGUUCCUAUGUGCUUCAGAAACUUGACGUCUCUUCGAGUUCUUGAUCUCUCCAACAAUAUUCUCAGCGGAAACAUCCCUGCUGCUCUCAUUACUCCUCUCGUACACCUUGAGUAUCUAUCUCUCUCUGGCAACCUUUUUGGAGGUUCUUUUUCUUUCAAUUCUUUGGCCAACCAUUCGAAGCUUCAGGUGUUCGAACUUGUACCUCAAAGCAAUGAUUUACAUGUCGACACUGAGGAUCUUGCUCUCCCCCCACCAUUUCAGCUAAAGGUUCUCUAUUUAUCUGGCUGCAACUUGAAUAAUCAGACUCGAAGAAUCCCAAGUUUCCUGCUCUAUCAGAAAGAAAUGCAAAUUCUUGAUCUUUCUUCCAAUAAGUUAGUCGGCCAGAUUCCUACUUGGCUUCUGCAAAAUAAUACAAACUUUGAAGUUCUUGUUCUAAACGAUAACUCUUUUACGGGUCCGUUUCUUGUGGAUGAUUCUCUGAGAAUAAAUCUACUCCGAUUAGACAUCUCAGACAAUGACGUCAGUGGUAAGGUUCCUCAAAAUAUCGGUUUAUCUUAUCCAUUUCUGCAGUCGUUGAAUUUGUCAGGAAAUUCAUUUGAAGCCAAUAUUCCCCACUCAUUGGGAAACUUGACAAUGGCAAUAUCAAUUGAUUUGUCCCAUAACAAGUUUUCAGGGGAGGUGCCAGGUCAAAUUGGAACUGGAUGUUUACGUCUUAGAAUAUUGGUAUUGUCUUAUAAUAAUUUGCAUGGCAAUUUUCCUUCUGGGUCCACGAACUUAACAAGCCUACAAUUCCUUCACUUGGAUAAUAACCAUUUUAUUGGGAGCAUUUCACAUGGAUUAUCUCGUUCUCCACGUUUAUCUUGGCUGGAUAUUUCAAACAAUUCUUUUCAAGGCAAAAUUCCAAGUUGGAUUGGAAAUUUUUCAUAUUUGAAGGCUCUUGACAUGUCAGCCAACUUGCUAGAAGGUAGCAUACCAGAUGCUAUAUGCAAACUUUCACAUCUUGAAUUUUUAGACCUCUCCAAAAAUCAGUUGAUCGGACCUUUACCAGCCUGCUCCGAGCUUACGUCAUUGAAGUUCAUCCACCUGCAUCACAACAUGAUCUCAGGGCCCAUCUCAAACAUGCUGUCUGGGAGCUUCAAUUUGAUGACACUCGAUUUGGGUUACAACAAGCUGUCUGGCGGUAUACCACGCUAUAUUGGUAAACUUAAAGAGCUCAGGGUUCUUCUAUUGGGGGGAAAUGGAUUGCAUGGUGAUAUUCCUUUGCACUUAUGUCAGCUGCAGAAUGUGACAAUUAUGGAUCUUUCUCAGAAUAAGUUUUCUGGGCCACUGCCUACAUGCUUCAACAACAUUUCUUUUGGCAGAGGGCAGUUCUCCACAGAUGCAUUUUUUGCCUAUGGCCGGUAUUCUGUUAUUGAUCCCUCCUCCAUAAACCUUCCUUUUUUGGCCAUGGAGAUAAUCUCGAGUGAGUAUUAUAUAACUACUUUUUCCGAGCAAGAAAAAGUGAUAUUCACAACAAAAAGUAGAAGCGAACACUAUGCAGGGAAUAUAUUGAAUUUCAUGUCUGGCCUUGAUCUGUCAUGUAACCAAUUGAUUGGAGCGAUUCCUCCUGAAUUUGGUGAUCUCAGACAUAUCCGGGCAUUAAAUUUAUCCCACAACUACUUGCAAGGGUCUAUUCCCUCAAGACUUUCCAUGUUGAACCUAGUAGAGAGCUUGGAUCUUUCUUACAACGAUUUGAGUGGUGAAAUACCUUCAGAGCUGGCAUCCUUGAACUUCUUGUCCAUCUUCAAUGUGUCAUACAAUAACUUGUCUGGCAGGGUACCUGAUACAGGGGAGUUUGCAAACUUUGACGACAGCAAUUAUAGAGGAAAUCCAGGUCUCUGUGGACCAUUGCUCAAGAGAAGUUGUAACCCCUUUGCUCCACACCCUGAAAAUGUUGGUGAUCAAGACAUCGAAGUUGAUGGUGCAAUUGACGUGGCAGCAUUCGCUUGGAGCUUUUUUGCUUCAUAUAUGGUGAUCGUGAUUUCAUUAGUGGUAAUUCUUUAUGUUAGCCCUUAUUAUAGAAGAGCAUGGUCUUUUUAUAUUGAUUAUUGGAUCCUAUCGAGAUUCUACGAGUACUGCAGAUCUCGUUCUUCAGAGAAAAAGCAAACAUGGAAAGUGUUCAAUUGGAACAUGAGAAGGAGAUGA